UUGCGUUACAUUUUUGCGUGAUUCGUUACAUAAAAUUUAUCUUGUUGUAAUCCUUGCACAAGUCCUCUACUACUUCCAUACCUAUAACUAUUAACUUUCAUAUCAAAUAGUUAUGGUUAACCAAAGUAAAAAGCAGCGAACUCAAUCCCCUGUAAAACUGAUGACUAAUUUUAAGUCGUUGAUUGCUACAUCAAGCAACAUACUUCCUACAAAUGGUUAUAGUGAGCCACAAAACUCACUUGUAUGUCGUAAGCGUCGAGCUGAAACUGAGGAUAAAACUAUACUGACAGCUAGUAUUAGCACUACUCCCAAAAAUUCAGUACCCUCUGCUCAUACAGAAACCCUCCCUACACCUUAUGUUCUUAUCGAAAAGCUCCAGCCUUCAAGCUCUGUUUCAGUACUAUCUUCAGAAAUAGAACUUCUAAAGUUGUCUAUAGGAGAACUUAAGGCCGAGUUAAGGGACUUAAAAAACAAUAAGUCAGUAGAUCCUGGAAUUUCCGAUACCAAUACCAAAAUCUCCAAUUUAUCAGGUCAGAUCAGUGAUAUCAGACUGCAGGUCUGUGAACUGACACCUUUAACUAUUCUCAUGAAAACUGUAGACCUUAACAAACUUGACAGUGAAUCGAUAUCUAAGGUGGAUAACCUAAUUAACUUUGUUACUACAGAAGUAACAAAACGACUAGAUGCUAAAUUAAAUGCUAUUGUCUACAACGUUCCGGAUAAUGAGGCACUAAAAAAGGUACAGCGCAUCCUUCUUAGUGAGGCGAAAAUGCCCAACUCCAAGACUAAGUGCUACAGGCUGAAGAAGAGUCAACAUGACAAGUGUUGUCCUAUUCGUUUUCAGUUCGAAACACCGGCUGAGGCCAGAAAAUUUACCCACUCCCAACACACCCUAUCGCAACUCAGAAAUUACAAACUAAUAAAGGUUGCGGUGGACAAGACCGUCAUAGAAAGGCGCGUAUAUAAUUAUCACACUGAGUCUAAUUGUGGAAUAAACAAUAGGACAUUGCAAGCAGCAAUUAUACCCAACCCUUUGGGAGACACCGUAGAAUCCACCGCACCACCCCUCUCUAACCACACAGAAUUAUCUUCUCAGAGAGCGACACCAACCGAAAGGCCGCUAAAUUGUAACCAAAUAGCCAAUAAAACUAUACCACCUACCACCGUAGAUUUAGACAUGUCACUAAAUAAUCCAAGAAAAAAUGUCAAAAUCCCCCGAAAGUUGACCCUUUCCUCUCCUAGCCAUAAGUCCAUUGGUAAAAAAGAGAAGAAUAUGACCCCAAAUUAUGCCAACAGCAACAAUGGCAGUAUAAGUAAGCCCACAUUCCCCACGGUCAAUAGUAUUGGCACCCACAACGUGCGAAAUAGCACCAUGGCCCACACUGAUAACCAACGCCAAAACAAUGCCACCCUCAAGAGUACAAGUGACAAUAGUCAGAACUCGACCACCAACAACUCAGGGCAUUCACAGUAUGGCACGCUAAUAAAUUUUGAUCGGAUAUACGGUACAAGUCUGCUGGGAACUAACCCACAAAGCAGUACAUUCGAAACCCUUACAAGGACACCACUAGUACCUAACAAUAGGUGGAAUAAUAGACCAUGGUCUUCACAAGGUCCCAAUCAUUUUUUAUCCCCUGCGUCCCUGUCAGCGUUGAAAAAACAGCUGGUAGGGAUGCUAACACUCCUAAACCGCUAGUGCUGGCUCCCCCUUUGCAUGAAUGUAGGAACAGUCUAGUUAAGUUCGCCCGCAUCCACUAAGCACACUUGGUACAUGCACAAGUUUAGGUCAAAUUAAGAUUCCUACCCCCGUUUCUAGCUUAACUAAAAAUAAAAAUGCCUUAGCCUAUAGCACAUCCAGUACUCCAACGCUCAAUUCUUCACCGAAAACAGCACACACCAACUCGAUAGACAUAGGUGAACAUGAUGCUGAAACUCCUCUCAACAUAGGGUCGUCAUGUCAAACAGUACUACUGGGUGCUGAACCACAUUCGGGGCUGAUUAACGAACUUAAGUACUUCAAAUGUUAUUUCAAAUCUCAUCUUUACCUAAUCCUCAUAAAUGCUAGAUCCGUUCUAAAUAAACUACCGAUGCUCAGAGCACUCACAGUAAUAUACAAACCCCCUAUAAUUGUCAUCACUGAAUCCUGGUGUAACUCGAACAUACUGGAUGAAGAGAUAAGCUUAGAUAACUAUACACACUUUCGGUGUGACAGGGAAGGUGGUAAGGGAGGGGGUUGUCUUAUGUACUUUCUGAAUGCACUUACUGUAUCACAGCUAGAAAGUAGUACACUUAACAUGCCUGAGACUUUAUGGGUUAACUUACACUUAAAUAACACAAUAGUAUUAAUUGGAUGCACCUACAGAGCACCUGGCACCUUUAGUAAUUACGAGACCCAACUUAUUAAUACUCUAGAACAAUUAUCCACCCUCCACUACGAUCAUAAGAUCCUAUGUGGAGACUUUAACUUACCAGAAAUCAACUGGGAAAUACCCACAGGUCCAACUAAACUUGAUAAGUUC